AUGAGUUCAGAUGAAUCAUACAACUUUGUCUUCAAAGUUGUUUUAAUAGGAGAGUCAGGAGUAGGCAAGAGCAACCUCCUGUCUCGCUUCACCAAGAAUGAGUUCAAUCACGACAGCCGCACUACAAUUGGAGUGGAGUUCAGCACCCGCACCGUCCAGCUGGAUAACUUCACCAUAAAGGCACAGAUAUGGGACACAGCAGGACUAGAGCGAUACAGGGCCAUCACCUCCGCGUAUUACAGAGGAGCAGUGGGGGCCCUUUUAGUCUAUGAUCUAAGCAAACAUUUGACUUAUGAGAGCGCAGAACGGUGGUUGAAGGAGCUGUACGACCACGCAGACCCGCAUAUUGUGGUGAUGUUGGUGGGGAACAAGAGAGAUUUGGAUACUCUCAGGACUGUCCCGACCGAGGAGGCGCGGGACUUUGCAGAGAAAAGAGGCCUCAUGUUUAUGGAGACCUCAGCGCUGGACUCCACAAAUGUUGAAGAUGCGUUUCAUGAAGUGCUCUCAGCCAUCCAUAAGAAGGUAGCCAGCAGAGAGGUCACCCGUGGCUCUAUCAGCGCCGUAACCCUCUCCGGACCGAUUAGACCAACAAGCCAAGGUCAAGAGGAAAAGAAGUCCUGCUGCAACAGCUCCUGA